UCAACGGUCAAUCCAAUGUCGCAGGUGAUGUUGAUCAGAUCUUUGGUCGUUUGUGGAUGUUCUGGAGAGAUAACAUUUGUGGCCAGGAUUGUGGAGUAUUAUCGGAACAUUUCAAACAGAGCUCAUAGGAUUUCACCUGGGAGACAGUGGACUUCCUCUCUGACAGUAAGACACUCCCUCAGUACUGUCCCAGACAGAGACGCUCCCUCCGUACUGACCCUCCGACCGUGAGACGCUCCCUCAGACAAUGUGUCACUCCCUCAGUACUGUCCCUCCGACAGUGUGUCACUCCCUCAGUCCUGCCCCUCCGACAGUGUGUCACUCCCUCAGUCCUGCCCCUCCGACAGUGAGACACUCCCUCAGUCCUGCCCCACCGACAGUGUGUCACUCCCUCAGUACUGUCCCUCCAACAGUGUGUCACUCCCUCAGUCCUGCCCCUCCGACAGUGUGUCACUCCCUCAGUCCUGCCCCUCCCACUCUGCAUCACAUGGGGAGUGGGGUGCCUGGCGUGUAUUUGGUCACAGCCGGCUGAGUGGGUCUGGAACCCGGGAGCGGAUACAGGGGCAAAGUCGCCACCCACAUUCCAACGUAAAGCUGGGAGAUGAUUGAAGGUGUCGGGGAUGGAGGAUUUGAGAGGGUGGGGGACAUCAGCAUCUCCACACUCUGUGACAACGUGCUUUCCUCUCGGCUGCUUUAUCCAUCCAGGGGGAAUCCAAUCAACAGAUCCCUGAAGCAGGUGAAGCCCAAUUGCGAUAAAAAAAAGGACAUUUUCGGAGAAGUUUUCAAUGGUUCCGGAUAUUGAAAGGGAGCGUAACGCUGGCAGGAAGUGUGCGGCUGCGAGAGGCGUUGGGAAUGCACCGAGAGAGACCUCGGUCCGGAGCUGCGGCCGCUCUCCGGGCCGUGUCGCUACCGCCCCCCCGUGGCCACGCUCCGCACGUCGGCCCACUCGCGGACCUUUGUUCGGUGGGGGCAGCCCGUCCACCUCAGGGGUCGACACAGUGUGCACACCACUAUUGUACACGUGUUUAUUUCAGAUGCUGCAGCUGGAACCAGUCUGACCAUUCUCCUAUGCGCUCUCUCAUUAAGAAGGCGUUUUCACCCACAGAAACGCUGGAUGUCUCUGUAAACCCGAGAGCAUGAAAAUCACAGGAGAUCCGCAGAUUCUGGGAUCCCCAAACUACCCUGUGUGGAAGCAACAUGGUCAGUCACCGUGUUGGUAUUCUCCCAAUCUGAUGUUUGGUCUGAACAACAACUGAACCUCUGACUAUGUCUGCAUGUUUUAAUGAAGUGAAUUGUGUCGCACGAUUGGCAGCACAGUAGCCCUUCCCAGUACCAGUGACUUGGGUUGAAUUCCUGCCACUGUCUAUCUGUGACUGUAUGGGUUCACGGUAACAGACCCUCUGACUCAAUGAGACAGCACCACUCAAUUACACCCGUGGCACCAGUUAACCUACUAAUCCGCACGUCUUUGGACUGUGGGGGAAACCGGAACACCCGGAAGAAACACACCUGGUCACGGGAAGAACGUACAAAGUCCUUUCAGGCACCGGCGGGAGUUGAAGCCAGCGCUGUAAUCGUGUUGUCCUAACCACUAUGCUACUGUGUCGCUCCCGCAGGAUUUCAGAUUCGAGAGUCACUUACCUACCACACACAGUAGCGUGCCUAGGAUGUUCUGCAAAUUAUGCCAAGCAGCACAACAACAACAGGAAACAAACCCUUUUCCCACCCACACACAUACAGAGAGGCCCCCAUCUGGGCCUACAACCUCAAGUCUUCGAUCCCAGACUCUCAGAGUCGAGACUCAGAAUCCGAAUCAGGUGGCGGGGUUUCUGUCGGAAUCAGCUUGGACUGCUGUCCCUCACGGACUGUGGGUUCUCACUCUCUGAACGGGCAGAGCGGCCUGGCGCCUCUGAAGUGCCACCCUGUGGACAAACCAAUUGCUCGCCGAUGUCGCCAACUGAGACAUCGCGGGAGAUUGAAACAUCGAGACAGCAGGUUUGAUAUCAACGCGCAUGGUGCGAGUUAAAGGAAGAAAGACAUCGCCGACGUUGCACCGGGAUCACAGAUUUUUGUUUUCGUUUUCUGUUCGGAAUCCAGUUUGGGUUUUGGUUUUGAUCUGGUCCGUUCGAGUUGGGCAGUUGGGAUCCUGUCCGGGGUUUCUGCCGGCCGCGUUGCCAAGUGCGUCACCCCGGACUGCGUCACGUGCUCGGCGCAGGGGAUUCCCCCGCCUGGCGACCAAUCAGCGCGCGCGCCUCGACUGGGAAUUUCCAGCAAAGUAUCAAAAAAAAAGGAACCGAGCGAGGCGGGGAGACGCAGUGGCGAGCUGGUAGACAGCGGUGGUAUGAAGAGCAGAGAACAGGAGCAGCUCCCGGGGCCCCCCUGCCCCUCAGGUCCCAGCCCAUAUCUCCAAGCAGAUCAGAAUUUCGGUGAGUAGGUUCUCAUCUGAAAGAAUUCCUCAUCCGAUUGGGAAGAGACCCAUGGAAGAUCUGAAUAUCCUAAAUGAAUUUAUCCUGAAGGACCUGGAGGAGGAGAGGGAGUUUCCAACCACACUGCCGUGCGACUAUAGCAACGCACAGAUCGGAGAGAUCCGCAACCAGCUGAUGGAUGCUGUGCCCGGGUGGGGUCCCGCCAAUCUCCUGAUGAGUGUGGACGGGCCUCAGCUGGUCGCCCGGGGCACAGGCUCGCCCCGGCUGGCCCCUAGGGCCGCCCGGACCACCCAGCUGGGCGGCAGGGCCACGGGGAACCCACCGUCGGCGGCCAGGAGCGGGGCCGCCUCGUCAGAGGCCAAGCACAGAGCGGCAGGGAGGCCGACCAGGAGCUCGGCCUCCUCACGGCCUGCUCCCAGGUGCCUGCCUGAGGGGGAGGAGCCCAAGCUGAUCAUCACAGAGCAACCGAAGCAGCGAGGAAUGAGGUUCCGCUAUGAGUGUGAGGGCCGAUCGGCAGGGAGCAUUCCCGGAGAGAGUACAACAGAACUCAACAAGACCCUUCCCACCAUCCAGAUCCAGAAUUGGCAAGGUGAGGUCAAGGUGAUCAUCUCCCUGGUCACCAAGGAUGAGCCCUACAAACCGCACCCACACAGCCUGGUGGGGAAGGACUGUCAGAACGGCAUUUGUGAAGUGACCGUCAGCCCCAAGUGCAACAUGAAGGCCAGCUUCGCUAACCUUGGCAUUCAGUGCGUGAAGAAGAAAGAAGUCACAAAGGCCAUAGAGCACCGGCUGAAACUUGGGAUCGACCCCUUCAAUGCUGGCGACUCCCUAAACUACCUGGAAGACAUCGACAUGAACGUGGUCCGCCUCUGCUUCCAGGCCUUCAUCCAGGAGCCGUACUUCGCCCUGACGCCUGUCCUCUCUGAGCCCAUUUACGACAAGAAAGCCACCAACACAUCUGAGCUGCGAAUCUGCCGCCUGAACAAAGACAGCGGGGUCUGCUCGGGGGGAGAAGAACUCUUCCUUCUCUGCGACAAGGUGCAGAAAGAAGACAUUGCAGUCAUCUUCUCCGCAAACAACUGGGAAGCAAGGGGCGUCUUUUCCCAAACCGAUGUUCACCGGCAGAUAGCCAUAGUCUUCAAAACCCCGCCCUACUGCGACAUUGACAUUCAGCAGCCCGUUAGCGUGAGCCUCCGUCUCUUCCGUCCGUCCGACAGGGAAUACAGCGAUCCGUUCGAGUUCCGCUACAUCCCCAAGGAAAUCGAUUACUACGGCAUUCAAUCCAAGUGGAAAAGGAAGAUCAAGUUCCCGCCAAUCAGCACUUUCAUGGGUGCUAAUGUGACUUUGGCAGAUGCAGCGACGGGACCGAAAAAUUCUGUAAAGUAUCGAGCUGAGGAAGACGAGAAGCUUACAGACCUGAACCAGAUGAACAAAUCCUGGGACUACCCCAACCAGGGAUUUCCUGCUUUCUGUCCUGAAUUCAUGGGCAUGGAACUGCCUAACGAGGUGUACGGCGUGGGCUGCAAGAAAGAGGAGCCCUUGGACUGGCCGAGCAGCCGUUUCCAGAGCCAAGUGGUGGGGCUUCCACCGCACACAGAGGAUGAGAUCUAUCACCCUCCCUUCAGUAACGGCCGGGUGCAGGCUGAUUUGGACAUGGGUGCCUGCAGCGAUGUAGGCUACCUCAACAACUAUAGGUUUGAGGAGUUUCCCAACGACGACGCACUGCCCAGUGUACUGGCCAGCAGCAUAACAAUGCCCAGUGACCAAGCAGGCAGCAAAGGCUGAGAGGCGUGCAGUAGAUGGAUGGAUUAUUGGGCGGGGGAAAGAGGGUGUUUUAGUUGGCUUUUGAGCA